AUGCAGAGUGAUCAUCUUGUCGAGAAUGAUACCGAUCUAGCUGAUGAUAACACAGAGCAACCGUAUGAACGGAGUGUUACGCCGACAACGACUGUACGAAGAGCAAAGGAAAGCUUUUUACGUCAUCAGAAUGAUAUUUUCAAAGAAUAUGAAGAGCAAAUUAUGGAUACUGAUGUAGGAGAAUGUGGUCCAGUUAAUGAAAGUGAUGUUGGAGAAGUAGCGAACGGUCUCAGUGACAGAGAUGAAUCAAGAAAUGAUGCUGUGAAUGACAAAGAUAUUCAGAAUUCUAGUAAGGAGCGUGUCGAAUUUUGUGUUGGUCCUUCAGAAAGUAGUUCAGUAUCUUCUACUGCUGCAUUAUCUUCCAUAGAAGCACGUUCAACGCAUCCAAAAAAUUAA